CCCCAAUUAACCUAAAGGAGUUGGAAAAUCAUCAAAACCUAAAAGCCCAAAUCACAAUCAUAGAAAAAAUAGAGGAACUCUUUCCCACGCCGCCGCCGACCGAACUUUCGCCGCCACUCUAUCCCCUCCGUGACCGGUGACCACAUCUGCGCUGCCGCUCUUCCCUCUUCCAGUUCCUCUACACUUUUCUGUUCCCGCUUGUAUCGCUUGCUUUCACUGUGACUGUGAGUUGCAGCCAUGUAUGGAGGAGAUGAGGUAUCGGCUAUAGUGAUAGAUUUAGGGUCUCACACUUGCAAAGCUGGUUAUGCCGGUGAAGAUGCUCCCAAGGCUGUAUUUCCCUCUGUUGUGGGGUGCAUUGAUCAAAUGGAUGCUGAUGAUGACAAAGAAAACAACGAUUCUGAGACUAACAACAAUAAUGUUGAUUCCAACAAACCCAAGGGAAAACGCAGGUUGUAUGUAGGCUCUCAAGCCUUGGGUUUUCGUCGUGACCAUAUGGAGGUGGUGUCACCCCUAAAGGAUGGGGUUGUUGUUGAUUGGGAUAUUGUUGAUAGCAUAUGGGAUCAUGCUUUAAAGGAUUGUUUACUCGUUGAUCCGAAGGAACAUCCAAUGCUACUUGCUGAGCCUUCUUCCAACACUCAACAACAGAGGGAGAGGACAGCAGAACUCAUGUUCGAAAAGUACAAAGUUCCUGCUUUGUUUUUGGCGAAGAAUGCGGUUCUUACAUCUUUUGCAUCAGGACGUGCUACCUCUGUUGUUGUUGAUAGUGGUGGAGGAUCAACUACUGUUGCCCCAGUACAUGAUGGUUAUGUUCUUCAAAAGGCAGUGUCUUCUUCUCCUAUUGGAGGAGAAUUUCUUACUGAUUGCUUGAUGAAAAGCUUGGAAAGCAAAGGCAUCGUGAUAAAACCGAGGUACUCUUUUAAGAGAAAGGAAAUACAACCAGGGGUCUUCCAGACUGUAGAUGUUGAUUUUCCACAUACAACUGAAUCUUACAGGCUGUACUCCCAGAGAGUAAUUGCAAGUGAUAUCAAGGAAUGUGUAUGUCGAGCUCCAGAUACUCCCUAUGAUGAAAGUGCAUAUUCUAAUAUCCCAAUGACCCCAUAUGAGCUUCCUGAUGGCCAGACAAUUGAAAUUGGCGCUGAUAGAUUCAAGAUCCCUGAUAUUUUGUUUAACCCUCCUUUGGCUCAGACUAUUCCUGGAAUGGACAAUUUUGCUGAGAUUUCUCCAUCUGUUCGUGGUUUGCCACAAAUGGUCAUAGAAAGCAUUAAUAGAUGCGAUGUGGACAUUCGGAAAGAACUGUUUGGCAGCAUAUUGCUUGCAGGUGGUACAGCAUCAAUGCAACAGUUGAAAGAACGACUUGAGAAAGACUUGCUUGAGGAAUCUCCUCAAGCUGCUAGAGUUAAAGUACUGGCAAGUGGAAAUGCAACAGAAAGAAGAUUCAGUGUUUGGAUAGGAGGGAGUAUAUUGGCAUCUCUCGGUUCAUUCCAGCAAAUGUGGUUCUCCAAGUCAGAGUAUGAAGAACAUGGAGCUUCAUAUAUACAAAGAAAAUGCCCUUAAGAUGAGGAUGAUAGGCUUUUGCAUUUAUCCUCAUGGUUCAAUAUCUUUUUCGGAUCCGAAGUAGGCCCAUUUGUGCUAUAACAAAUUUCAGAUUGACAUCGCUUGUAGGUCAAUGUAGGACAUAUUUUUAUUAAAGGAAAAGGCAUUAUUAGCUUUUAUCUGAAUCCUACUGUUCUUAGAUGCCCCUAUUCUCUGUGUAGCCUUAUUGACAUAUUCUAUCUGAACUUAGUUCAAAUAACAUGGGCACCAGGAAAAAUUGGUUUUUUUCCUUCUAGUUUUAGGUUGACUUGUAACGAGUUUCUGGUCCUUGUUUAAUAGGGAUAUCUUUUGGUAAGAAUAUGAUUGCGGUUUAUGUCA